UCUCUACUACGGGCGCAUUGUCAUUCUGAUUUCUCAGCUCUCUUCUCUUCUUCAAUUGCUUCUUCCCACUUUUCUGAUUCAUCGUCCCUCUUCUCGUCCCUUUAGCAGCAGCCAUGGGUAAAGGAACCGACAAGCUCUACAUUACCCAUUCCGAAUGGUCCUCGUCAGACGCCUACUCCGCCAGCGUCGGCGCCGGAGCCGGCUCACGCGCCUCGAAGUCCGAGAUCCCCUUCCGCCGCCUCCCCUUCAACUUCUGCGCCGCCUCCCUCCAGCCCUUCAAGAACCCCGUCUGCACCCCCGACGGCACCGUCUUCGACGUCGAGGUCAUUGACGCCUGGCUCGACAAGCACCCGGGCCAGAACCCGGUCAACGCCGAGCCCUUGCACAAGAAGGACCUGAUCCGCCUCAACUUUGCGCGCAACGCCGAGUCCGACUCGCUGGGCGUCGGCAUGAGCGACGGCAAGGGCGACCUCAUCGACCCCGUCACGUACAAGGUCUUCACCGACAACACGCACAUUGUCGCCAUCCGGCACGGCAGCUACGCCAACGUCUUCGCCUGGGACACGGUCGAGCGCAUGAACAUCAAGGCCAAGAUGUGGCAGGACCUCGUCGACGACCAGCCCUUUACGCGCGCCGACAUCAUCACCAUCCAGGACCCCCAGAACAUGGCGAGCCGGAACCUCGACACGUUCAAGUACCUGCAGGACGGCGGGCAGGCGCAGCUUACAAAGGAGCAGGAGGAGGAGCGCAAGGCGGGUAACAUCAACGCCGGCGCGCUGGGCAGCAUGGGCGACAAGGUGCUCAAGGCCAAGGCCGCCGUGGAAAAGGCGCGCAAGGCGAGGGAAGCCGGCGGCGACGUCAACAAGAGCUCGGGGGCGCUCGAGAAGUCCAAGCAAGGCACCUCCUCGGCCGCGGUCCGACACGCCCCGAUACAAGACAGGAAACUCGCCGCCAACGCCGCGGCGUACACGACCGGCAGGGCCGCAGCCAGCUUCACCAGCACGGGCCUGACCCCCGAGACGAGUGGCGAGAGGGCGCUCCUGACGGACGAAGAGUUCAUGCUCAAGCCGCGGCGCGUCAAGACCAAGGGCUACGCCAGGAUAGAGACCAACCUGGGCAACCUGACGAUUGAGCUGCACACCGAGACGGCCCCCAAGGCGGUCUGGAACUUUGUCCGGCUCGCGCAGACGGGCUAUUACAAGGGCGUGGCCUUUCACCGCAACAUUCCCAACUUUAUGAUCCAGGGCGGCGAUCCCACGGGCACCGGCAAGGGGGGCACGAGCAUCUGGGGCAAGAACUUUGACGACGAGUUUGACGGGCCCCUGACGCAUGAUGCUCGCGGAGUUGUCUCCAUGGCAAACAAGGGCAAAAACACAAAUUCGUCCCAAUUCUUCAUCACCUACAAGCCAACGCCGCACCUCGACCGCAAGCACACAAUCUUUGGCCGCGUCGCCUCGGGCCACGACGUCCUGUCCAAGAUGGAGGCCGUCCCCACCGACGGCUCCAACCGGCCGCUCAACAAAAUCGUCAUCAAGGACGUCGUCGUCUUCGUCGACCCGUUUGCCGAGUUCCAGGCCCAGAAGCAGGAGCAGGAGCGCCAGGAGCGGCGGCGCGAGGAGAUUCGGCGGCAGGGCGGCACGGAAGACGACAGGACGACGUGGACGGGCAAGAGGCUGCGCGGGGACGGCACCUUGGAUGGCAAGGCCGACGGGGCCAAGAGCAGCGUGGGCAAGUAUCUCGAUGCGAGCGCCUUGUUGGAUCAGGGGUCAACAAGGGGCAAUGGCGGCAGAGCGGGGGCAGAUGGUGAUGCGGACGAGGUCGACACGUGGGAGGCGCAGCCGCGCAAGAAGAUGAAGGCAGGCGGAUUUGGAAACUUUGACAGCUGGUGAAGGAUGCAAGACAAGAAGAGCAUAGGAAACGACUUGAAACUGCACAACAGCAACAGCG